AUGUCGCAACGACUUGGUAGCGUCAUCGAUAUCGCCGUCCAGCUCGGCGGAGGAAGAUACAAGCCAGAGAGCGGUAGCAGCAACAGCGGUGGCAAUAGCAGCGGUAAAUGCGACGUGGACGACGACGACAACGACGUCGACGACGACGACGAUGACGAUGACGACGACGACGAGGACCAGCUCUGCCGCUGUUACUGUUAUUUUUAA